CUUCCGAGGGGGCUGGGUGUCAGUUAGCGGCCCGUGCUAGGUCCCGGGCCGGGGCCGGGGUAUUGGCGACCCGCCGGGGCCGGGGGCCGGGGCAGGCGGAGCCGCUCGCUGCCUCCUGCUCGCCUCAGCGGCGCGGGCGGCGGGUCCCGGCGAGGCCCGCGGGGAGGGGAGGUGCAGCCCUGCCGGGCGGACGCGCGGCCGAACCCCGGCCCGCGCUCAACCGGCGCGAUGCUCUUCUCACUCCGGGAGCUAGUGCAGUGGCUGGGCUUCGCCACCUUCGAGAUCUUCGUGCACCUGCUGGCCCUGUUGGUGUUCUCCGUGCUGCUGGCACUGCGUGUGGACGGCCUGGCCCCCGGCCUCUCCUGGUGGAACGUCUUCGUGCCCUUUUUCGCCGCUGAUGGGCUCAGCACCUACUUCACCACCAUCGUGUCGGUGCGCCUCUUCCAGGACGGAGAGAAGCGAUUGGCCGUGCUCCGACUCUUCUGGGUCCUCACGGUUCUUAGCCUCAAGUUUGUCUUCGAGAUGUUGUUGUGCCAGAAGCUGGUGGAGCAGACCCGGGAGCUCUGGUUCGGCCUGAUCACGUCUCCGGUCUUUAUUCUCCUGCAGCUGCUCAUGAUCCGUGCCUGUCGGGUCAACUAGCCUCAGGCGGGAGAGAACUCUGGACAGCUGCAAUGCGGGACCCUAAGCUGAGUUCCUACUUCCACCGUACGAAAGGAGAGGUCUGGGUCUAAAGGAAAGCCAGCUCCUGCCCUGGCGAGUGCCCAAUUUUCUUUAUACCAAUCAUGUCUGAAAUUGUUUCCUCAGCACGGCUAAAAAGAACAGCCUUGAUCCUUAAAGUGUAUUUCCUGUUAUUUGAUGCUUUGGAUAGCUAACCCUGACUUGAGAUCCUGAGAAGGAUCCCAGGCCAUUCCUCUGACAGUAAAAUCUCCUGAUGGCUCUGAGUAUGUUUAUGGAUCCUGGGAAAGUACUCCCUGUGCAAAGGCUGCAAAGCCGGCCUUGUGGAUUUCCUCUGCCCAGAGCAGGACUAACCUAAGAGCUCACUGCCCCAUCCAUCCAGACAAGACUUAGAUGCUUGAGCUCUAAAACGUGUAAACCAGCUUGUGUCUUCUCCCCUGAGCCACUGGGGAGAAUGGCGGCCUCUUCUUCAUUCCAGCCCAGGCGGACAGGAAUAUGUUGGAAAAAGCAUGACUGGGACCCUAUUUGGAGAUCUGUCGCCUGAGAAAACUUUGCUUAUGAAGUGCUGCUUGGCUUCCUAUCCCAGGCGAUUGUCUCGUCCACAGCUUUUCCACCACCCCCUUGUGGCCGGCACUGUUAGCACAACUGAGACAGAUUUAGGCCUUCUUAAGGGACAAGCCAGAGGAGCAGCAUUGACGCUCAGAUGCACUGAGACUUGCAAAUGGUCUUGGCCCACAUUUGUUGGCCUGAGGUCUUUAGUUUAAGGUGCCAAAUGAGAACAUUUGUUGAGAUAAAAAUAAAAUAAGAGAAUGUUUUCCUGAGAUGCGCAGUGGUUGCCUGACCUCUUGAGGGUGAAACAAGGUGGCUGCCGAGAUGGUCCCUGCUGUGUGAUGUCGUUGGCUACAGAGCUGAUGGUUGGGAGACUGGAAUGCACUAGAGCUUCACUGGCCAAUUUGGCGGGGGGGGGGGGGGGGUCCCAUGGCAAAUCCUUGCUUCCUGCCCGGGGAGCCAGGGUGAAGACCAAAAAACAGGGUAGGCUUGUGUUAAGGACCUGCUGAAUAGCUUGUGUGACAUCAGAACUUGUCUUCCAGCCGGUGUGUGGCCUUUGUGGACCUUGCUGUAGAGCAGGGGCCAGCAAACUAUGGCCUGAGGUCUAUUUUUGUACUACCCAUCAUCUAAGAGUAAUUUUUACAUUUUCAAAAGAUAAAAAUGAAGAACGUGUGACGGGAAGUGAAUGUGGCCUGCAGUGUGCAGGGUCUCUCCAACUUGGCACUCUUGGCCUUUUGGGUCGAGUCAUUUUUUGAUGUGUGGGGGAGGGGCUGUUCUGAGCAUUGUAGAAUGCAGCAUCCCUGGCCUCUACUCACUAGAUGCCAGUAGCACGCCUCACUUAGGACAACCAGAAGUGUCUGCAUACAUUAACAAGUCUCCUGGGGGACAAAACUGCCCCGGGUGAGAACCGCAAGGCUAAAAUAUUUACUGUCCAGCCUGUUCUAGAACAAAUUUGCAGAGCUUCUAGAGAAGCAGCUUUGUGACCCUUUGCCUACAAUGGAUGCUGUGUGGCCUGAACCCCUGAGAUGCCUGAGUUGGAGACUGUUCUGGUUUGUCCCACAGCUACAAAAAUGUUUUCUACCCAGUAUCGGCGUAAUUUGUGUCAAAGUCAGAUACAAGCUGAACACUGGGAGUGGACUUUCUUUUAUUUAUUUAUUAAAGUGCAUUUACAUAAUCCCUACAACCAAGUCAAGUG